AUGUUGUCAGCUUCACGCUGCCUCAGCCUGCUGGCUAUACUCUAUUUCACUCUUUCGAGUUUGGCGUACGCGGAAACCGCCGAGGCGACCUUGGUUAAAGAUGAUAGUACACGAUCAGUCCCUUUGAGCGAGGUGGCACUCUUAGUGGUUCGUGAUCGUAGCUAUAGUAAGAGGUCCCGAGCAUCUCUUGCCAGAAGAAAUAGCGAUUACUAUGCGUCUAAGAGGGCCCUUGCUGCGCUUGAUCGCAGAGCCGCUGAUCCUUAUCCAAACGGGCUGUGUCCUAGCAGCAGCUCGUAUGGGCAGUUUAGGGAUGAUGAUAUCUACAAUGCAGCAUACGGCACAGGGUCUGCUACUUAUGCAGUUCAGCGCUCUACGUGCACUGGGGGAAACCAACGAAAACUUCAAUGUCAACUUUGCGAAGGAUCGGAUAUCCUAAACCCUUCUGUAAGUUCUCUGAACCCCCAGACCUUUAUCCCUUGCUAA